CCAUCAUCGCGGUUCCUUUCGGAUCUCCGAACCACCACACACCGUGUCCCGCCCGUCAUUCCUACGCAGUGAACGGGUCCGGCGACAAUCAACCCCCCUAAACAAUCCCUCGCCCUCGCCGUUGUCAAUUGGCCACCGCAUUGUCGGCUAUGGCCACGCUUGUCGGGCAAGAGACGGUCGGCGCGCAAAUCCAGAGUCAAGAGCCGCUGUUCCCGGGCGUAGGCGCGAACAUAGCCAGCGAGAAAAUCGACCAAAUAGGCCCGAGCAACCACGCGUCGCCUAGCGAAGGCGAGUACCCACGCCCUGCCGAUGCCGCCAAUGAAAAGCAGGUCGGCCCGGUGCACCGUCAAGGCACCUUCAAGGGGAAGCUCAAGAAUCAGAAGGAGAAGAUCAAGACAAAGACGAGCCCUCCCGGAGGCUUCGACCCGACUCCAAUUCCGGAUGCGCCUCCAGGGUUUACAGUCAGGUUCACUUUCCAUCGAGCGACUAACCUACCCGCUGCGGACAUUGGAACCGGGUCGUCCGAUCCCUUUCUGACCGCGACCCUGACCACGGCACUACCCAAGCGACAUAAAGAAGAUCCCGACUUAUUCUAUAGGACCCGGACGAUCAGGAAGACUCUCGAGCCCCAAUGGGACCAGGAGUGGACCGUUGCCAACGUCCCGUCCUCGGGGUUCAAGCUGAAGUGUCGCUUAUACGACGAAGAUUGGCCCGAUCACAAUGACAGACUCGGCAACGUGACCAUCGUGGUCAAUCGGAUCAACGAAGCCUGGGAAGGCUUUGCGGCUCGAGGAGACGAGUUUGAAGUCAAGAAGCGCAGUGGUAGCAAACGUGCCUACCUCCUCAAGGCAUGCUCUACCGCCUUUACCAAGGGCGUUUCCAUGACUCCCAAGCUGUAUGUGAGUGCCGUGGUCCUUGGCAAAUCGGAGCCGCCCCACGGCCACAUGUAUACCGUCGGCCCGACCUAUUUCUUUAAACAUUUCUCGCCGAUGAUUGGUCGGAUGACUGGCGUCAAGGUCAAUAGGAACGAAGCCGAGGACUCUAAUGACCACGACACGGAGCACCCCUCGCAGAGCAGCAGCAGCGGGCAUUUCGAUAGGAGGACUCAAAAAUACGAUUUCCAAGCCAAUGAGAUACAACUAGCCGGCCCGGUCCCGCCGAAGCUAUAUCACAGAUACGUCGAAUUCCGGCCUAUCAUCGGCCUUCUGUUCAGGAGCCGCGGGCUACGCGGCAAAAUUCUCAACAAGGCCCUCCAUCACCAGCACGGCCGCAUCUACAACUUCGACAAGGGGACGGACUGGGGUGCUUUCCAGCCAUGUUCAGAAGAGGCCAGUCUUCAGUUCUUGAAGAUGGCCCACUUCGACGAGGGCGGACGCAUAUUCACGUACAUCAUCACCCUGGACGGGCUCAUGCGGUUCACCGAGACGGGCAAGGAAUUCGGCAUCGACCUCCUCAGCAAACAUACCAUGCACAGCGACGCGGCAAUCUACAUCGCCUGCUCAGGGGAAUUUUUCAUACGGCGGCGGAGGAGGCCCGAAGCCGACGGGCCUAGCCAUCCGGACGAGUCACGGAGAGGGCCCCUGGCGCAAGACCACCCGACGACAAGGCCGCAGGACUACCAACUAAUCAUCGACAACGACAGCGGCACGUAUCGCCCCGACAAAUCGGUGCUGCCCUACCUCCAGACGUUCCUGGAGCGGAACUUGCCGGGACUCGACGUGGUGACGCUGGCGUGCGACGACCCGGAGGACCAGAGGCUCAAGGACGCGCAGCGCAGCGUCAAGAAGAAGGAGGGCCGCACCGUCAACAUGGUGCUGAACCGCAGCCCGAGCGCGAGCUCGUUCAGCUCGGACGACAUCAGCGACCUCGAGGACAUGGAGCGGGCCGGGGAGGUGGGCCGCCGGAGCAAGCGAGAGAGGGCCUGGGAGCUGCUCGAGGAGCCGAGGCGGAUCCGGGAGCUGGCGGGCAUGCGCGCCGGCGAGGCUUCGUCGAGCAGGCCGAACGACAGCGGCGUAGGCGUUUAAUAGCCGGGGUGGAUCCCGGCGACCUCGUCUCCUCUGAAUAAUGUCUUUUCUUUUUUCUUCUGUACCCCGGGGGCACUCCCCCUCUCUAACCCUCUCUUUAUACUCCCCUAUGUGACAGUACCGUGCAGGUAAUUUGCAGCUGGCGUUUCCGUCCUGGCGUUCCGACCCUGGCUUUGAGCAGCUCUUGCAGCGUUUUCCUGGGCCAUCCACCCCCCCCCC